UAUUUACCUAUACUUGCUUCUCUCCUUUUCUUACUUUUACUUUUAUUUGUUUAUAUAAUAUGGACACAAACCGUCUUCCCUCUUCUAUUUGCUUGUCAGUAAUAUCUCUUCCUCUUCUUCUUCUCCAACUUUGCAUGUGCCCUUCUUCUACUCUUCAAGCCUUUCAACACGCAUUCUAAUCACUACCUUUUUGGGUUUUGUGUUGCUCUUCCAUUUACACCCAAAAAAAAUAAAAAAGGAAACAAGCUUUGAUUUUCGACUCUUUUUUUUUUUUUUGUGGGUAAAUUUUUUGAGGGUUUCCAUUACUAGCAAUGGUUAGUUAAUCGAUGAGGGGUGAAGUCUGAUUGAAGAUUAUUUUGUUGAAAUUUGAACGUGGUUUUGAAGAUUUGAAGGGAAAAAUGGCUCCAGAUAACAACUGGCUUUCAUUUUCACUAUCUUCAGUAGAAAUGGAGCUCAACCCUUCUUCUCAGCUGCAGUCCACCUCAUCUCAUUCUCACCAUUUCUACCCUUUCACGGAUAACUUCUAUUCCAAUGGGUGGCCUAAUCAGAAAGCUGAGGCCAUGUACCCCCAAGGCGAACUCAAGGAACACGGCGGCGUCUUCACCACCUACAUGCAGCCGCCCAAGCUGGAGGACUUCUUCGCCGACGGUGACUCCACCGAGACUCAGGACUCGUCCCUCACUCACAUCUACGACCACCACCACACCACCACCUACCAAGAUCUCAAUGCUAUUUCCGGCUUUCAAGCCUUCUCGGCCAACUCGGGCUCGGAGGUGGACGACCCGGCCUUGACUCAGUCCCCGGUUGAGUCGGCCAGCGAGUUGGUCGCCUAUUCUCAGCCCCCCAUUGCUACUACCAAUGCCCUCUCUCUCCGAGUUAACGAUCACAAGAACUCGGUCGCUGACUCAGGUACCUGCAAGAAAAUCGCCGAUACCUUCGGCCAGAGAACUUCCAUUUACAGAGGAGUCACAAGGCAUAGAUGGACGGGUAGAUACGAAGCGCAUUUAUGGGAUAACAGCUGCAGAAGAGAAGGGCAAGCGAGAAAAGGGCGUCAAGUGUAUUUAGGUGGAUAUGACAAGGAAGACAAGGCGGCAAGGUCGUAUGAUUUGGCUGCGCUCAAGUACUGGGGUCCGACUGCAACCACCAACUUCCCGAUUGCAAAUUACACCAAAGAAUUGGAAGAGAUGAAGCAUGCAACUAAGCAGGAAUUCAUAGCCUCACUUAGAAGGAAAAGUAGCGGUUUCUCAAGGGGGGCUUCCAUCUACAGAGGUGUUACAAGGCAUCAUCAACAAGGUCGGUGGCAGGCGAGAAUAGGCCGUGUUGCCGGGAAUAAGGACUUAUACCUCGGAACAUUUGCAACUGAGGAGGAAGCAGCAGAGGCAUACGACAUAGCUGCGAUCAAGUUCAGAGGUAUAAACGCAGUGACCAACUUCGAGAUGAACCGGUACGAUGUCGACGCCAUCGCCAAGAGCCCUCUUCCUAUCGGAGGCUCCGCAAAACGCAUGAAAGUGUCCCUUGAAGCUGAAGAGAAACUACCAUGCAGCAGCAGCAGCAACAUCAACUUCUCCGCCAUCCAACCGUGUGGAGUCCCGUACGACACAGCAACUCCGUUCUACCACCACAACCUCUUCCACCACCUGGGCUCGGGAAACCUUGGGGCGUCCGAUGCAGCGGUGUCGACUAUGGUGGUGAGUCCGAUGAGUCUGAUGCAGUCGCCGCCGGAGUUUUUCAUGUGGCCUCACCAAUCGUAUUAGCUAGCAAUGGUAAUGAAUGAAGUAACUAACCCCAAUGCAUGAUGCAUGUAUCGUGUUUUUGCUGUGGUCUGACCCGCUAGGCUUUUAGGAUGGUAGGCAUAAGAUAUGAUUGAGGGAAAAGGUUUAAGGUUUUUUGGUUUAAUUUGGUGUAAGUAGCAGCUUCUGCUUUGUUUCAAUGUACCAUAAACAGGAUCGCUAUGGAUUAAUUUUCUACAGGUUUUCCAUCGCCAUCAAGCUGCCUCUGUAACUCCAUUGUUUUUGCUUUAAUCAACUUACUAUGAGAAAAUGAUGCAGAGUUUUGUCUCGCUGAUUCUGGUUUAUGGACACUAGUAUUUGCAGAUUGGGUCACAAUCUUCCUUCACUUGAGUUAUUUCUAUAAGGAGCAAUAGUCGACAACAAUAAUUCUUAUACUAAUAAUAAAAGCAAUAACUCUUUACCGCUCCGCUUUCCCCAAAUAUAAAUAUAAGUACAUUCUAAAAUAAAAACGGAACUAUCUUAAGCCAAAACAGAUACGAAAGUGCGUAUAAAAUAGAGAAUACUAGAUUAGAAAGACAUGAGGGGUGUAACAUUUAUAAAAUCGUUGCUUCAAACAAACAAAGUGAAAUAAAAAAAAUGUGAGAUGAAAUUAAGAGGCCAAUCGUGCCAAGCCAUCAUGGGCCUCCUUCAAAUCGGGCUCCAGUUGUAGCGCCUUCUGGAAAGCAGUCUGGGCCUCCCCUCUCAUCUCCUUAAUUUGGUAACAAUGGCCCAACAAGCAGAAAGCCCGAGAGUUAUCCGGGCUGAGGCCGACCGCUUCGACCAAAUCCGCAAUGGCCGAAUCGACCCGACGUUUCCGGUUCAGGCCGAUGAGCAGGUCGGCCCGUCUCAUGAGGGCGUCGCCCUUCUCCCUCUCCGACAGCAUCUUCACCGCCGGCGGCGAGAGCGCCACAUCGAGCGACUUGAGCGCGGAAGCCUUGCGGCCCAUGAGGGUUUCUGCCAUGGCCUUGAGGAUGUGCGCCGCCGGAUCGCGGGGGUCGAGGGCGAGCGCCUUGUCGGCCUCGUCGACGGCGGAUUUGGCGAGGUUGACGGAGGUGGACUUGGUCUUGGUAGAUCGGGCUCGGGCGAGGAGCUGGGCCCCUUGGAUGAAGUGGCGGUGAGCCUGGUUGUUGGGGCGGGCUCUGGACCGGAGCUUUGAGAAGGCCCGCUUCGGGAGGGUGUGAAGGACGUAGAAGAUGGCCACGGUCAAGAUCAGGAUUCCCAAUUGAAUUGCCACGUCUCUCUCCAUCGCCCUUCGACUCCCUAAGUAGAUCGAUUUAAGGCUUAGCAGGAUUCAAAUAUGAAUAGGAAUUUGAGGUCAGUCCGGAACUAAUAGCUUCGAUCAAAUGGAUUCAAGAGCUUCCAGUAG